AUGCAUACGCAACAGCAACCUGCUGGCGGUGACACCGUGCCUCAGCCUCACGAAGAUGGCUCAGAUAACGACAUCCAAGUACAGUACCUGUGGAACGCCCCUAAUGGAGCCCAAGGUGACUUCGCGGACAGUUACACAUAUGGGGAUGACAUCCCAAUAUCGUGGAAUGCCUUGAACAACAGCAUUUACGACCUCUGGCUCACGAGCUGGACCAUCGACCGGUCCGACCCAGUCGCACUGCGCCUGGCAAGGGCGGUAAACCUCACCUACGACGGCAACCUCAAGCUCGUCACUUCAAACCCACCAACGACAAAGCUGGCUAGCGAGUCGCAGUACGCCUUUAGGUUCAAACCACCAACUGAUGGCCAGUUUGUGGCCUCAGACCCCGAAAUACGGAGUCCUGGUUUCAUGCUAGUCGAACCUCUCCACUCAAACCAGCAGAAUACCCAACCUCAUAGCACAACAACGACCUCAUCAACAACCUCAACCGCCGGCCCAUCUUCGGCCACUUCCCGCGUUAUCCCCACCUGGGCAACAAGCCCAACACCAGCAUCAACAACACCAAACGGUUCUUCAGGCCAACGGAUGUCACCAGCUGAGGUAGCGGCGGUAAUAAUCGGGAUCAUCCUAAUCGUAUCACUCCUCGUCGCGGUGGAAGUGACCUAUCUGCUGUGGCGGCGCAAACGACGGCGCGAGCAAGAGACCAGAGAAGCCGCCAUGCCUUCUUCGUCGUCAAUCCGAACAAGGCUGAGGCGGCUGGGCAAGGGCGGAGGAGGGGAUGGUACCGGGCUGUUUAUCCAGGUGCGCGAGGUCGAAAAGAUCGCGGAUGACGCCCCGUGGAUGUCGCCGGAGUUGCCAGGGGACUCGACCUGGGGCGAGAGGUUGGUGCACGAGUUGCAGGGAUCGCGGGCAGGGAGUGGGAGCGGGGGAUCUGGUGGGGGGAGAGAACCGCCGACGGCGACGUCAAUGGCAAACAAUUCGGUGGCGGAAUUGGAGGCGCGGAGGGGUUGA